AAGUAGACUCAGAAGAUAAAGACUAAAAGACAACUGUACAUAUCAGCAGGCCAGGAAGUAUAUUUGGGGAGUGCCCAUCCAUCACAGACUAGAACAUUGUGUCCCUGUGGGUCACUCUGCUCUAUAGGGGCAUCUAUCCUUCUCAAGUUGAGGCAGUGGUGUCACCAUGGGUCACUCUGCCUUCUUAGGUCUGUCUGCAGGAUACAGAUGGUUAAGAUAAUACAUGGCUGGGUUAGCCGUGAAUAGUGAAACGUUGAGGCAGCAGUUUGCAGGAAGACAGGCAUUUGGAGACAGUGGUCAGGUCAAAGAACAGACGGAGGGAGCCAAGGAGACCAAGGAGAGAGUAUCUUCUUGAAGGAGACCGAACUGGUUGGAGAAGGGAGCAUCUGAGGAGACCACAGGCCCUUGAGAAGAGGUAUUGGACAUUCCACCUACCCAAAAGUGAAGCCUUUCCCUAGGCCAUCGUAAGUUUGGCAGCGUUUGAGGCGAAGCCCUGGCCCCCUGACUUGAAUCUCUAGUUUGGGAGACUCGCAGCACAAGGCCUGGACUCCAGCGGUUUAUGAGCUGAAGUCUCGGGACCACGUCCCUGACUCUGGGGAUUAGGAGCUUCCAAGGGUGAGGUCCAGGCUUCUCUUCAUUCCGGGGCUUCAGUCUCGACGGGGGAAAUACGCUCUGGUUCUCGCCAGUGUCUCAGGUCGAAAUGUCGGCCGCGGGAGCAGGGUAGCUGACCCGCUCCGGCUGCCGUCCGCUUCACCCGCCCAAAGGGUUGAGCUGGUCCUUGAGCUUGAAGUAGUGGGCGGAGCAGCGCCCUUGGACCCGCCCUACGCCGAGUAGACCAAUGGAAGCGUGUUUCACAAGGCCCCGCCUACACGGGAGGGGCAGAACUGCGCAGGCGCACCGAGCGCUCGGGCGGGCCGGCUGGCUGGGAAGAUGGCGGCGGAAGCCCUGGCCAGCGGCGCUGCAGAGAAGCGGGCCGGGGGCGUCCCAAGUGUGCAGCUUAGGGCCAGCGCCGGGCCAUGAGCGCGCCGCCAUCGAAUCCUCGAGCCGUGGAGCCCGCCUGCGCCCCUUGCCAUGGCGCGGCUCGCGGACUACUUCGUGCUGGUGGCGUUCGGGCCGCACCCGCGCGGGAGUGGGGAAGGCCAGGGCCAGAUCCUACAACGCUUCCCGGAGAAGGACUGGGAGGACAACCCUUUCCCCCAGGGCAUUGAGCUGUUUUGCCAGCCCAGUGGGUGGCAGCUAUGUCCCGAGAGGAAUCCACCAACUUUUUUUGUGGCUGUCCUUACUGACAUCAACUCUGAGAGGCACUACUGCGCCUGCUUGACCUUCUGGGAGCCAGUGGAGUCCACACAGGAAGUGGUGUGCACUGAAGAUGCCACAGAGAAGGAGGAAGAGGCAGAUGAAGGAGGCCAGGCACGGCUGUCGUCCACAGCACCAGUCCAGCCUGGCCAGCUUUUUGCUCCAAAGACUCUGGUGCUGGUGUCUCGACUGGACCAUACAGAAGUGUUCAGGAAUAGCCUUGGUCUCAUCUAUGCUAUCCAUGUGGAGGGCCUGAAUGUGUGCCUCGAGAACGUGAUUGGGAACCUGCUCACAUGUACCGUCCCUUUAGCUGGGGGAUCUCAGAGAACCAUCUCUUUGGGGGCUGGUGACCGGCAGGUCAUUCAGACUCCACUGGUGGACUCCCUGCCUGUCAGCCGCUGUAGUGUGGCCCUACUCUUCCGCCAGCUGGGCAUCACCAAUGUGCUGUCUUUGUUCUGUGCUGCCCUCACUGAGCACAAAGUCCUCUUCUUGUCCAGGAGCUACCAACGUCUUGCAGAUGCUUGCAGGGGCCUCUUGGCACUGCUAUUCCCUCUCAGAUACAGCUUCACUUAUGUGCCCAUCCUGCCGGCGCAGCUGCUGGAAGUCCUUAGCACACCUACGCCUUUCAUUAUCGGGGUCAAUGCAGCCUUCCAGGCAGAGACUCAGGAGCUGCUGGACGUGAUUAUUGCUGAUCUUGAUGGAGGGACGGUGACUGUCCCUGAGUGUGUGCACAUUCCACCCCUGCCAGAGCCACUACAAAGCCAGACCCACAAUGUUCUGAGCAUGGUCCUGGAUCCAGAGCUGGAGUUGGCUGACCUUGCCUUCCCACCCCCUACAACAUCUGCUUCCUCUCUGAAGAUGCAGGACAAGGAGCUUCGUGCUGUCUUUUUGCGGCUUUUUGCUCAGCUCCUGCAAGGUUACCGCUGGUGCCUGCACAUUGUGCGCAUCCACCCAGAACCAGUCAUUCGCUUCCAUAAGGCAGCAUUCUUAGGCCAGCGUGGGCUGGUGGAGGACGAUUUCCUGAUGAAGGUGUUGGAGGGCAUGGCCUUUGCAGGCUUCGUAUCAGAGCGAGGGGUCCCUUACCGUUCCACAGACCUGUUUGAUGAGCUGGUGGCUCAUGAGGUAGCACGGAUGCGUGCAGAUGAGAACCAUCCCCACCGCGUCCUGCGUCAUGUCCAGGAACUAGCGGAGCAACUUUAUAAGAAUGAAAACCCAUACCCAGCUGUGGCAAUGCACAAAGUGCAGAGGCCAGGUGAGGCCAGUCACCUGCGGCGGACCCACCGGCCAUUCCCCCGGCUAGAUGAGGGCACAGUUCAGUGGAUUGUGGACCAGGCUGCAGCCAAGAUGCAGGGUGCACCCCCAGCUGUUAAAGCUGAGAGGAGGACCACAGUGCCUUCAGGGCCCCCCAUGACAGCCAUACUAGAGCGAUGCAGCGGGCCUCAUAUCAACAGUGCACGUCGCCUGGAGGUAGUGCGGAAUUGCAUCUCCUAUGUGUUUGAAGGGAAAAUGCUUGAAGCAAAGAAGUUGCUUCCAGCUGUACUCAGGGCCCUGAAGGGGCGAGCUGCCCGUCGCUGCCUCGCCCAUGAGCUUCACCUGCAUGUACAGCAGAACCGUGCAGUUCUAGACCAUCAGCAGUUUGACUUUGUCGUCCGCAUGAUGAAUUGCUGCCUGCAGGACUGUACUUCCCUGGAUGAGCAUGGCAUUGCAGCAGCACUGCUGCCACUGGUCACAGCCUUUUGCCGGAAGCUGAGCCCAGGGGUGACACAGUUUGCAUACAGCUGUGUGCAGGAGCAUGUAGUGUGGAGCACACCCCAAUUCUGGGAGGCCAUGUUCUAUGGGGAUGUGCAGACCCAUAUCCGGGCCCUAUACCUGGAGCCUUCUGAUGACCGUGUGAGCCCCUCCCAGGAGGUUGGGGAAACACAGUCUCAGGAUGAUGAGCGAUCUGCCCUGGAUGUGGCUUCAGAGCAGCGGCGCCUAUGGCCAACCCUAAGCCGUGAGAAGCAGCAGGAGCUGGUACAGAAGGAGGAAAGCACUGUGUUCAGCCAGGCCAUCCACUAUGCCAACCGCAUGAGCUACCUUCUGCUGCCUCUGGACAGCAGCAAGAGCCGACUGCUGCGGGAGCGGGCAGGGUUGGGAGACCUGGAGAGUGCCAGCAACAGCCUGGUCACCAACAGCAUGGCGGGCAGUGUCGCUGAGAGCUAUGACACAGAGAGUGGCUUUGAAGAUGCAGAGACAUGUGAUGUAGCUGGGGCUGUGGUCCGCUUCAUCAACCGCUUUGUGGACAAGGUCUGCACAGAGAGUGGGGUCACCAGUGACCAACUCAAGGGAUUGCAUGUCAUGGUACCAGACAUUGUCCAGAUGCACAUUGAGACCCUGGAGGCUGUACACCGAGAGAGCAAGAGGUUACCGCCCAUACAGAAGCCCAAGCUGCUGAGGCCACGCCUGUUGCCUGGUGAGGAGUGUGUCUUAGACGGCCUUCGAGUGUACCUGCUGCCAGAUGGGCGUGAGGAGGGUGUAGGAGGCAGUGGAGGGGGCCCUGCACUACUCCCAGCCGAGGGUGCUGUCUUCCUUACCACAUACCGCGUCAUCUUCACAGGGAUGCCUACUGACCCCCUGGUGGGGGAUCAAGUGGUAGUCCGCUCCUUCCCUGUGGCUGCAUUGACCAAGGAGAAGCGCAUUAGUGUCCAGACCCCUGUGGACCAGCUUCUGCAGGAUGGUCUGCAGCUCCGUUCCUGCACAUUCCAACUGCUGAAAAUGGCCUUUGAUGAGGAGGUGGGAUCAGACAGUGCCGAGCUCUUCCGCAAGCAGCUACACAAGCUUCGGUACCCACCAGAUAUCAGGGGUACCUUUGCAUUCACACUUGGCUCAGCCCACACACCUGGCCGGCCGCCACGGGUUACUAAGGACAAGACUCCUUCACUCAGAACCCUGUCUCGGAACCUGGUGAAGAAUGCUAAGAAGACCAUUGGGCGGCAGUAUGUUACUAGGAAGAAGUAUAACCCCCCUGGCUGGGAGAAUCGGGGCCAGCCACCCCCUGAGGACCAGGAGGACGAGAUCUCAGUGUCAGAGGAGCUGGAGCCCAGCACACUGACCCCGUCCUCAGCCCUGAAGCCCUCUGACCGCAUGACCAUGAGCAGCCUGGUGGAGCGGGCAUGUUGCCGUGACUACCAGCGCCUUGGACUAGGUACCCUGAGCAGCAGCCUGAGCCGGGCCAAGUCUGAGCCCUUUCGCAUCUCUCCUGUUAAUCGCAUGUAUGCCAUAUGUCGCAGCUAUCCAGGAUUGCUGAUUGUUCCCCAGAGCAUCCAGGACAAUGCCCUGCAGCGUGUGUCCCGCUGCUACCGCCAAAACCGCUUUCCUGUGGUCUGCUGGCGCAGUGGGCGCUCCAAGGCUGUGUUGCUACGCUCUGGGGGCCUGCAUGGCAAGGGUGUUGUUGGUCUCUUCAAGGCCCAGAAUACACCUUCUCCAGGCCAGGCCCAGACAGAUUCCAGCAGCUUGGAGCAAGAGAAGUACCUGCAGGCUGUGGUCAGCUCCAUGCCUCGUUAUGCUGACUCAUCAGGACGAAACACACUUAGUAGCUUCUCCUCUGCCCACAUGGGUGGUCACGUGCCCAGCCCCCGAGCCAGGGUCACCACGCUGUCCAACCCUAUGGCGGCCUCGGCCUCCAGAUGGACUGCGUCCCGAGGUAAAUGGAGCAGUGUCCGAGCCAGUGGUCGCAGCAGUGGGCUUGGUGCUGAUGUGGGCUCUAGGUUAGCUGGCAGAGAUCUCCUCAGCACCCCCCACACCAAUGGCGCUCCACCUGAUUCUGGCUUCCUGCGACCACAGCGGGCAGCCCUCUACAUCAUUGGUGACAAAGCUCAGCUCAAGGGUGUACGCCCAGAUCCCUUGCAACAAUGGGAGCUGGUUCCUAUUGAGGUGUUUGAGGCAAGGCAGGUAAAAGCCAGCUUCAAGAAAUUACUGAAGGCCUGUGUACCUGGUUGCCCUGCCGUUGAGUCUGGCUCAGCCUCCUUUCUGCGCUCACUGGAGGACUCGGAAUGGCUGAUUCAGGUCUCUGCACUGUCUCUGCCUCUCUGCCUACCUGAGUGCUAGGUCUACCUCUAGGUCUGAGUUUUCUUAUUUGUUAUGUUGGGUACUGGGAGGAGGGGGAGGUGAUGGUCAUUUCCUUUGUAGUCUCAUGGUGUCUGGGAAGCAGCUGACGGUCUGGGCCUAUAGGAAAUUGGGCAGACAGUGAAAGGUAUGUUGGAGCCAGUUUGCUGUGUUCAGGGUUUUUU